AUGAAGAUCGGAACACACAGUGGUACUUUCCAUGCAGACGAGAGUCUGGCUGUUUACAUGCUGAGAUUACUCCCUCGAUUCAAGGACGCUGAAUUACUGAGAUCGCGUGACAAUGAGCAAUUAGAAACCUGUGAUAUCAUUGUUGAUGUGGGUGGAAAGUAUGAGGCACCAAAAUACUUUGAUCACCACCAACGGGAAUUUAACGACACUUUUGACGACGAACAUAAGACCAGAUUGAGUUCUGCCGGUCUUAUUUACAAACAUUUUGGAAAAGAGAUUAUUGCUCAACUCACCGAGGUCAGUGUAGAUGAUGCCAGUAUCGAUGUGCUUUACAACAAAAUUUACAACGAGUUUAUUGAGGCAAUUGAUGCCAACGACAACGGUAUUUCUGCCUACCCCGAGGACACCCCCUCCAGCUAUCGUACUGGAGGCAUCACACUUCCCUCUCUAGUUAGCAAGCUCAAUCCUCUAUGGACCGAACCUAACACAGACGAGGUUCUUGAUGCCAAGUUCCUUAAAGCAUCAGAGCUCAUGGGAACUGCUUUUGUCAGUGUUGUUGAGAACUACGGCAAGGGCUGGUAUCCAGCCAAGCAGCAUGUGCAAGCUGCUUUUGACGCUCGUGAUCAGUACGGUUCCGAGGGCCGUAUCGUUGUGUUCGACACGUUUGUGCCUUGGAAGGAACAUUUGUACACUAUUGAGAAAGAGCUUGGUAAAGAAGGUGAAGUGCUGUACGUGCUUUACUCUGACGGCAAGGGCUGGCGAAUCCAGGCAGUUGCCCAAUCUUCGUCUUCUUUCACGUCUCGUAAACCUCUCCCUGAACCAUGGAGAGGAGCUCGUGAUGAAAAGAUGUCUGAAAUCACCGGUGUCCCAGGCUGUGUCUUCACGCAUGUGUCAGGAUUCAUUGGUGGCCACAAGACCAGAGAAGGAGCUCUCGAGCUUGCCAAAUUGGCUCUCCAAGCUUAA